AUGACGGAACCUGAACCGGGCGCAGCUUUCGCGCCAGGCGCCUAUGCCAACGCCUUCGUUCCUGGCAAGCCACGCGACUCGGCCAGCCUGAUUCAGCAGCGUCUUCGAAAAGCCAAGCUCUUUAACGAGGAGCUUGCCGACUAUUUCGCCGCUCGCCGCGAACUCGAAGACACCUAUCUCAAACAGCUCCAAAAGAUCUCGAAACGUAAUUUCCUCUCGGACCCUUCCUCCAUCCCACCCAGCUAUGCCCCUGUUUACGAGCGACUCGUACAGGAGCUCGCAGAGGUCGCCAGUGCCCAUGCCGAGUUCGAGAAGCGCAUCGCCCAAGAUUGCGAGGCUCCCAUUCGCAACGCCAGCUCCCAAGGAGAAUGGAGUCGUAUCAAGGACCACGAUGACUCACUUUCCAACACCUUACGAGAACUCAACUCGCUCGAAUCACAGCUACAAAAAGAUACCAAGAAGCUCGAAGCCGCUUCCUCCAAAAAGGCCUCUCAAGCCAAUGCAAAGGUCCAAGAGACCGAACGCGCCAUCGCGCAGACCAUGGAAAUAUGGGAGACAGAGGCUCCAUUCGCGUUUGAAGCCUAUCAGCGCAUCGAUGCCCACCGGCUCGAGCUGCUCAAGGAGAGCGUUGCUAAAUUCGAGACCGCACAGAGCGACGCUGCACAGCGCAUCAUGUCGAGCUCCGAAAAGACCAUGCAACAGUGCCUUACUUUUGAUACCCAGGCCGAUAUGCAAGACUUCAUCCUCAAAAAUGGGGUGGUAGUCGGUGCAUCUGCUACCUCCUCGGCUCGCAACCGUACACCCUCGACCUCGCGUCCGUCUGCUGUUGCUGUUGCUGGUGCCGCGCCAUCUGUAGCUCUCAACCGCUCGUCUUCCGUCACCGGUCGCAGCAUCAUCAGUCGCUCCGGUGCGGAUAGCUCCGCGCGUGCUGGUAGGUCCAACGGUGCCGGUAUGGGUGAGUUUGGCGCAUCCACAGCAUCCAUCCACUCGGCUGAUCGCACCAUGGGCAGCAGUACACAAGAUGCCACGCCCACCAAAUCAGCCGGCUCCGCCCUCAAGAACGCUUUCAGCCGCUUCGGCCGUGCGCGUUCCAACAAGGACUCGAGCAACACGCAGACCAUCUACGGCGGUUUACCCGAUGAACCCGCCGACUCGUCCUUCUCCUCGGUCAACCGAAGCGGAACGCUGCGACAAAAUUCAAUAACAGCAGGCGCCAGCUCGUCGUCGCGCAAUGCGGCUCCCCUGUCUGCAAGCGGCGACGAUUCGAUCGACUCGAUGGCUCCCGCCUCUGCUGGAGGUCUAAUGGCUCCACUCACACCCUCGACUGCGCCGACCAAGAAAACGUCUGCAACCGUUCCGGCCAUUCACCUGCCCUCUUCCUCAACUGCUGCGCCGCUGGUAGACUCAGAGGGCUUCUCCAUUCCUCCGCCCGAUCGUAAGCCUUGGGAGACUGCUGCUGUUGGAGGUGCUGCAGUUAGCUCUGCGACAGCUGGUGCCACAGCUGGAUCCUCUUUGCUAGACAAUGACAGUCAAGAUGACUCUCGAGACACAUUUGACAGCUCAGUCAACAAUCGCGUUGGAAGCAUGAACAUCAGCAGUCAGCCUAUCACCGAAGACGCUUCCAAGGAGAAGGCGGCGCUCGAACGCAUGAAGUCGACGCUCCUCACCAGCGGACCGCCUUCUCGUCGCGGCACUACGCGACGCGAUCGCAGGGAUGUCCGCAACACGACCUACAACCCAGCAUUCACAACCGUAGCUUCCAGUAGUGGCGAUGACAGCAGCAGGCUGAGCCAAUUCGGUGUGCUCACCGCCUCACCGCAAACGAGUGUACCCGGGUCUCCUUCGCCGUUUGGCACGCAAAGCACGUUCACUGGCACAGCGGGCGUCGGUCAACACCGUACUCAAAGCAUCGCUUCAGUGGCUUCGUCUACCGCCAACAACAAUCCGUUCGAGAACAGCUCCACCACCUCGCCCAUCAAGGCGAGUCUGAGCGAACGCGUAAAUGCCAUCUUUGUCGGCAGGGAGAUUGCCAAGGUCAUGGUGGUGGGUGAGCUCAGCAUCGCCGUGGGUUCCAGUCUAGCGGGUACGGUCAAACCUGUGCACAUUCGGAUCGAGGCGUUUGAGCAGCUGGAAAAGGCAGCUCCGAAUCCGGCGUUCCUCCAGGCCGUUCCGGGUGGGUCCACGCCUGGUGAGUAUCUGCUGGAUGUCAAGUCGUUGCUCGAGCAAGGCGUAACAUCCGGGCUGCCCAGCAGCGGGUCGCAGGCAGUGGUGCUCAAGUACCAGGUGCAUAUUUCCGAAUCGCGCAAAUCCGAAUACGUGCCCUUGUCGCUGCAUGCACAGUGGAGAUGUGAGCCUCAUCAGACAUCGUUACUCAUGACGUAUACGCCCAACUCUGCCUGUCGAUUCUCCACUGUCGACGCAGGUGAAUCCUCGGCCACGGUGCUGCAAGACCUCCAAUUCGCAGUGCAAAUUCAACCGUCCACGGUGAACAAUAUCAUGUCGAAACCGACGGCCACGUUUGUCUCGGAAACAAAGUCGCUCUUCUGGAAGCUCAACGACAAGAUUUCGCUCACAUCGCCUUCGAGUGAGGUGCACAAGCUGCUCGCACGUUGUCAGAUCGAGGGCGCACAGACCGUGCCCACACCCGUGCAUUUGAAGUGGAAGAUUAUCGGCAAGACCAUCUCCAGUCUGGGGGUGGUUACCCUUGGCGAAGCAGUGGACGCUCUCAAGAUCGACGAGGUGGUACGAACGUGUGUUGCCGGAAAGUUUAUUGCCUCGCCUUGA